UUGAACGUCCAACACAUGACUAUUUGCGGUUUUUAAAUCUGUUUUAUUUGGAAGUGUCUAUGUCAAGAAUAUGGCACAUCCUGCGUGUGGAAAAAAGCUUACAGAUCGUAUUAAUUUUGGAAUAGCACUCGAAGGAGUACCGGACAAUUUGGCACCAUUCGUUCAUGAUUCCACAAGAAAACGCCAAGGAAUCGAAGAAGCUUUAAAACAAGCUGAUGGAUCGAGUGAAACAGUUGUGAACACUCUGAGGGAAUAUGUUGUUAUGAACACCACAUUAAAAAGCAUACUACAGAAAGUCAAAAGUUUCUCUCGACUCAGAUUUAAGUGGUCUAACAUUAUGGAUGAUGAUGAAAAAACUGUAUCCAGUAAUGUAGAUGAAGAUAUGGCAUCCAUGAUGUUAGCAGCUGGAAUAUGGCACAUAGAGCAUGCUCAUCUUGUCAAUGGGAGCAUUACAAAUGAAGAUGAAGAUGAAGAGAAAAUGAAACAAAGCCUGAAUUCCCUAAAGACAGCAGCAAGUAUAUUUGAGACUGCAAAAUCCUGGGCAAGUCUGAUCCAAGGAAGCAAAGAUCUUACUGUUCCAAUACUGAGUGCAUUAUAUCUUCAGUCACUUGCUGAGGGACAGACUGUCACCAUCAGAAGAGCUGUCAGUAAAGACCACAAGGCUUCCCUCAUCAGUGAACUCUGUCAUGAUGUAUCACAGAAGUAUACUGCUGCAGCUGGAGAAGUUGAUGCUUCACAUCAUGAGGGACAAAAAUGGUCGACAUACUUAAGGUUUCAAGGUGAGACAUACAUGGCAUUGGCAAGAUGUUACCAGGGUGUUCAUCUGUUGGAGACUGAAGAAAAGUGUGGCGACUCUAUUGUGGUGUUAGGUGAGGGAUUCAAACACUUAAGUCAAGCCACUCAUCUUUCUAAAGAAUAUGAUAAAAUUAAACCAAAGACCAAACUUCACUUGGCUGAAUCUGCACAAUUUGAAAAGGUAAAAAAGGUGUUAAAUGAAAACAAAGCAAAGAGUGAUAGAGAAAAUAACUUGAUAUAUCACCAGAAAUUGCCUGAGGAAUGCCCACCUCCCUUGGAUCCUAAAUGCGUGGUCCACGUGACUGCUCUUGAACUACCAUCUGGAGAGGAUCACACUCUAACCGUCUUGGAGACCUCAGACGUAGCUCAAUCCGAAGGAGAGGUGGAGGCGGGCGCGCUGGAUGCAGGUACAAGCUGACAACAUCGAUUAGCAUCGUUAAACUGAUCGCGUUUUUCACUCCUUAGGUAGAAAUUUUAUGUAUUGUAUUAAAUCGCUGAUUUCGUGGUUGAGCGUCUUUUUUUAAUCUAAGUUAAAGUGAUUAUUUUAGAUUAAGAGACGCAGUUUAGAAUCCACAAGGACGCAAUCCCCUCUUCCCAUUCCCAAACGAACGAAAGAGGGUUUUUUUCGGUUUUCUCCAAAAGACGGAGAAAGAGAAUCCUUGGGAACGAAGCUACCAGAAAACGAGUUCCAUCCACUCCACCUGUAGACCAGUUUGCAAGCCUUCGAUAUUCCUGGUCAGGGGUAUUUUAUAAUAUGGAACAGGCUCGGAGCAAGGUCAGCUCAUGCAGGGAGAUGUGGAUUUUCGUCAGAGUCAAUUUUUAUCUCAAAAACUCGUGAAAGAAAGAAUGAAUCAGAGAAAAAUGGACUGAGUUUAUUGCGUCUUCCUAAAGUGCGAACUUUCAAUCUUUGUUUUUAGAAUUUGAGUUUCAUCGCAACGUAUUCGGUUUACUUUAUAAAAAGUUCGCUGUGAUCUGCGUUCAUAUUUACUUUUAUUAGAACAUUAUUUCAAGAAUAAAGACGGACUUAAAAUCCGGUUAAGAAACCACCGGGAAAAAGGGUAAAAAUAGUGAAAUUAAUUCCUUAUAUUGAGUUUGUAAAGAAAAAAAAAUCGCGAGCUGUUAAUCAGUCGAUGUAAUUUUUUUUUCAUCGAAUAAUAUAGGCAAUACUUCAAUGUCGUUGCACGUGGGUUCGAUGAACAAAACGUUAAAAACAAUCCUGAAAGGAUUCUAUUAAAAACGCCGGUUUUAACUGUUUCGAAGAGUUGAGACACCUUUAGUUCACCAGCUUUCAAGUACUCAAGUACCAAACAGUGCAACCUUUUUAACAGUAGAUUAGCGUCUCCUAUGUAAUACGUCACUUCUGUCUGACCGACUGAUGAACCUGGCUUUGCGAACUCGGUAAUAAUCGUAGUGGACUAUGAAAAGAGAGGCUUGUACCCUACACCUUAACGAAUAAACUUCUCUCUGGGGUGUGAACCCAUCUUUCAAUCCACUGGCGUUUAAAUCCUUGUCUUGAUCGUAAGGAAGGAAAUCCAUUCACAAUGAUGUUUUUGAAUACUUUUUAAUUCGUAAGUCGUCGACAGUCUUGAGAAUUCAGUUUAAUUUAGCGGAAACAGAAAAUUACUUUUUAGGUUAAGUACAAGUUUUAAGCUGUAAGAACAGCACUUUACGUGAUUAUGGAAGUAAAAGCUUUAGAGUUUAUUUACAAGAAGUAGGAGGAUAUGUAAAUACGUGAAGAAAUGGUCAGUCAUUAGCAUACGAAUCAACAGGUGGAUUUUCCUUUGUCGAAUUCAUACAUAAGAAUAGUUAUUUUAAUUUUCCGUCUGUUUGCUUUUAAGAAGGAGUGGACAAAUAGCGAUUAAUUUCCUUUUUAUCCUGGAUGUCCAUUUCGUACAAGUUUGACUCUGUAAUGUUGAAAUAUCAGGGUAAUAUUUCAAUAAACAUCGUUUUUUAUGUUGAUGUUAA